AUGACCUUGAAACAGUGGAUAUGUGUGGCGGUUUCUGACCUUGGUGUCUCUCUGUUUGCAGGUGUCCAGUGUGAGGUGCAGCUGGUGGAGUCUGGAGGAGGCUUGGUACAGCCUGGGGAGUCCCUGAGACUCUCCUGUGCAGGCUCUGGAUUCACCUUCAGUAGCUAUGGCAUGAGCUGGGUCCGCCAGGCUCCAGGGAAGGGGCUGGAGUGGGUGUCAGUUAUAUGGUAUGAUGGAAGUAAGAAAUACUACGCAGACUCUGUGAAGGACCGAUUCACCAUCUCCAGAGACAAUUCCAAGAACAUGCUAUAUCUUCAAAUGAACAACCUGAGAGUGGAGGACACGGCCGUGUAUUACUGUGCGAAAGACACAGUGAGGGGAAGUCAGUGUGAGCCCAGACACAAACCUCCCUGCAGGAACGCUGGGGAAAUCAGCGGCAGGGGGCGCUCAGAAGCCACUGAUCAGAGUCAACCCAGAGGCCGAAAUUAUUUUAAUAUGGGGACCUAUUCUCACCGGCACAAAAUGCAGAUUGACGCUUACAGGGAUGAAAAUUCUUCAACCACGGUCACCAGGAUCAGAGUCCUGAGAAGAUAUUUUCCUUGUGGUCAAAAUUCCAGGCCUCAAGCCCUUUCCUGGCGCUCAGGUGGGUCUCAGGCUGUGGCUGCCGCAGUCACGCGGGAGAGGCUGGUGGGACUUUCUUCACUCCUCCUCACUCAGGAGCGCUCAGGUUUUCAGUGUGAGGUGCAGCUGAUUCAGUCCAUAGAGGACCUGAGACAACCUGGGAAGUUCCUGAGUCUCUCCUGUGUAGCCUCCAGAUUCGCCUUCAGUAGCUACUGA